AUGAAUACAAAUUCGGCAGAGCAAUAUAUCUAGUUUGUAUCUGCCCGCGAUUGUAAGUGGGUGAUCUCGAUUUACUAUAAAAGAGUCGCUUGCGGAUUACAGCUGAGUACUUUGCAGUCUGCUCGGUCCUCAUGUUUUGUGCCUCCGAGAUGAAGGUAUUCCUGGCAUUACUGUGUGCAGUGGCCGGCACCGCGGCGGGCGGUGCAGUGGCUUGGCCCGGCGCCAUACCGCUCUCGGUACCACUGUCUCUACACUCGGCGCAAAUAAAGACUGUCAUACCACAAGAAAUUAAUGGAUUCGCAUACUCCACCAGUCAAUACAUAAACGCUGUACCAGCGCAAGGAUACGCGCCUCAAAUCGGCUACCCACUCUCUUUGCAAGGGUUUCCUUCAUACUCACCCGUACUAGCGGCUUCAUACUACCCUUCAAACACUUUCCUGUAUCCUUCCCCAUCACCUAUCGGCCCUAGUGCCCCUAUUAAUCCAAUUGCCCCAAUUGCCCCUGCGCAACCACCACCACAAACCCCACAAGCCGAACAACCAGCGGGUGAUGAAGAUUCAGCUGUCAUCGAAUCCGCCGAUUCCUCGUCUAGCCAACAACAACCUUCCAGUGAAACGCCUCAGUCACAGCCUCAGUUCCCUCCCAAUAACCCUUCGACCCCUCAAUCAUCCUUAGACUCGAAAAAUAUGCCUGGUGUUCCCCAAAUACCACAGUUCCCUUCGUUCCCUCAACAAAUCUUACCCCCUGGAACAGGUUUCCCACAAUUGCCUCAAUUCCCACAGCUACCGGGACUCCCACAAUUUCCCCAGCAACCUGAAUCCCAACUACCACAAUUCCCUCAAUUGCCCCAGUUCCCACAGGUACCGGGACUCCCACAAUUUCCCCAACAACCUGACGCCCAACUUCCACAAUUCCCCCAAUUACCCCAGUUUCCUUCAAAUCCGUCUAUUCCUCAAAUCCCAUCACCCAGCUUCCCACCGUCUGACAACACUGAUAAAGGCUUAAACGAUGAAGACACAAUAUCGGUGGAUGCUGCAUAAUUUAACUUAUUUAAUAAUUUAGCAAUUAGAUAUCUAGUAAUUAAGGCAUCAUCGAACAUGAUAAACAAAAUACUGACAUGUCAAUUAUGGUAAUUGAACCACUCAAAUAAAGAUUACUUUUUACUGUA